CGUGCCUACUGCAGAGUCUGCCUCGCCCCAGCUGCUGGGGAGCUGGCAGCCCCGCCGCUGCAGCGAUCAGUCUCCGCCCGGACUCCGCCAUGUUGGGUCUUGUGGGUCGUGUGGCAGCCGCCUCGGCCUCCGGGGCCUUGCGGGGACUCGGCCCUUCCGCGCCUCUGCCCCAAGCUCAGCUCUUGCUGCGGGCGGCUCCAGCGGCGCUCCAACCCGCCAGAGACUAUGCCGCCCAGACAGCUCCCUCCGCGAAGCCCGGCGCCGCCACCGGCCGCAUCGUGGCCGUCAUCGGUGCGGUGGUGGAUGUCCAGUUUGACGAGGGCCUGCCACCCAUCCUGAAUGCCCUGGAGGUGCAAGGCAGGGAGACCAGGCUGGUUUUGGAGGUGGCCCAGCACCUGGGUGAGAGCACUGUAAGGACCAUUGCCAUGGAUGGCACGGAAGGUUUGGUCAGAGGCCAGAAAGUCCUGGAUUCUGGUGCGCCGAUCAAAAUUCCUGUUGGUCCUGAGACCUUGGGCAGAAUCAUGAAUGUUAUCGGAGAGCCUAUUGACGAGAGAGGGCCCAUCAAAACCAAGCAAUACGCCCCCAUUCAUGCGGAGGCUCCUGAGUUCAUAGAGAUGAGUGUUGAGCAGGAAAUUUUGGUUACUGGCAUCAAGGUCGUGGAUCUGCUGGCUCCCUACGCCAAGGGUGGCAAAAUUGGGCUCUUUGGCGGGGCCGGAGUUGGCAAGACUGUACUGAUCAUGGAGUUAAUCAAUAAUGUCGCCAAAGCCCACGGUGGCUACUCCGUAUUUGCUGGUGUUGGCGAGAGGACCCGAGAAGGCAAUGACUUAUACCAUGAAAUGAUUGAGUCUGGUGUGAUCAACUUAAAAGAUGCAACCUCCAAGGUCGCGCUGGUGUACGGUCAGAUGAAUGAGCCGCCGGGUGCUCGCGCCCGGGUAGCCCUGACUGGACUGACUGUGGCUGAAUACUUCAGAGACCAAGAAGGUCAAGACGUGCUGCUAUUUAUUGACAACAUCUUCCGCUUCACCCAGGCUGGCUCAGAGGUGUCUGCUUUAUUGGGCAGAAUCCCUUCUGCUGUGGGGUAUCAGCCUACCCUGGCCACUGAUAUGGGCACCAUGCAGGAAAGAAUCACCACCACCAAAAAGGGCUCUAUCACUUCUGUGCAGGCUAUUUAUGUGCCUGCUGAUGACUUGACUGACCCUGCCCCGGCCACUACAUUUGCCCACUUGGAUGCCACCACCGUGCUGUCUCGUGCCAUUGCCGAGCUGGGCAUCUAUCCAGCUGUGGAUCCUCUGGACUCCACCUCUCGCAUCAUGGACCCCAACAUUGUUGGCAACGAGCAUUACGAUGUUGCCCGAGGGGUGCAGAAGAUCUUGCAGGACUACAAAUCCCUCCAGGACAUCAUUGCUAUCCUGGGUAUGGAUGAACUUUCUGAGGAAGACAAAUUGACUGUGUCCCGGGCACGGAAAAUACAGCGUUUCUUGUCUCAGCCAUUCCAGGUAGCUGAGGUCUUCACAGGUCAUAUGGGAAAGCUGGUUCCCCUGAAGGAAACCAUUAAAGGGUUCCAGCAGAUUUUGGCAGGUGAAUAUGAUCAUCUCCCAGAACAGGCCUUCUAUAUGGUGGGACCCAUUGAAGAAGCUGUGGCAAAGGCAGAUAAAUUGGCUGAAGAGCAUUCGUGAAGCAUUUCUGUGGCAGACUCAAAGCACUCACCCCUCACGUGCUGUAUCUCUCCUUGCCCCUAAUCUGAAAGUUUGGUUUUCGCUAUAGCCCAUGUGAAAGAGCCUCGAUUGAAGAAGACACUGUUAUGUCUGAAGAGUAUUUAAGGAUUCCAAUAAAACGUAUCUCCCUCAA